AUUUACUAAACUAACCUUAAACGGAGUAAGUACUUCACUAAUCAAACACAAUAAAGAACUAUAUACCAUAGAUAUAGGCAUAGAUUAUAGUAUCAAAAAGAGAUAUAGCCAUAGAUAUAAGACUAAUAAUACCCAAUAAUAGAACAGAAUCCCCUAAUAUGCUUUGUCAAUUAACUCAACCACACCUUCCAUAUUCAAAAUUCAAAGAUGGGUGGCAGAUAAAGAUAAAUUGAAUGGCUAAGACAAACUUUAAUUGGCUAUUACCAAAUCCAUUAAUAUAUCAUCAUCACAUACUAUAAAUAAGGCAAGAUAUAUAAAAGUAAGAAAACACUAUUUUUUGGCAAAAGAAGCUACUAUAAGAUACACCAACCCAACCAAAUAAAACGCGUCCUUGUUUUGAGGCUCUAAACCUUUUUUGCCAUUGUCCUUUUCACUUUAAUCUUCAAUUUAAUUUUAAUUAUUUUGAAAAACAAUUUUAAUUUUUUGUUAAAAUAAAAAGAAAAAACAUUAAUUUUGUCUAUAUAAAUAUAGCCCCUUAACCUCAAACCAUACCUUGCCACUUUCCUCAUUCACAAUUUCACAAUCUCUCUCUUCCAAAAAUUAUAAAAAAACAAAAACAAAAAAACAAAGAAAAAAAAAACAAGUGUUCUGUUUUCCUCUGUUUUUCAAUGGCUCUGUUUUCCUCUGUUUCACUAUGCAUGCUUCUUCUCUUAUCCUUCUUUUUCUUCCCAUGUUUCUCAUCAAAACCUAAUAAUCAACAAGUAAAUGAAUCUUUCUCUCUUUCUUUAUCUCUAGAAUCGCUUCCAAUCUCAAAAAACACAAAAACAAAAACCAACCCACAAUUAUCAACCCUUUCAUCUUCAUCAUCACCUUCUUCCUUAAAUGUGAAAUCUUCUUUCAAAUAUUCUACAGGUCUUGUUGUGACUCUUCCCAUUGGAACACCACCACAAUUACAACAAAUGGUUUUAGACACAGGAAGCCAACUUUCAUGGAUUCAAUGCAACAACAAAAAAACACCACAAAAAGAACUACCUCAUAAGGAGUCUUUUGAUCCUUCUCUUUCAUCUUCUUUUGCUGCUCUUCCUUGUAACCACCCGGUUUGCAAACCUCGAAUUCCCGAUUUUUCCAUUCCAACGGAUUGUGACGACAAACGUUUAUGUCACUAUUCUUAUUUCUAUGCAGAUGGAACUUUAGCCGAGGGUAAUCUUGUCAGAGAAAAAAUUAGUUUCUCUUCUUCCCAAAGUACCCCUCCAAUCAUCCUCGGUUGCGCCAGUCAAUCAGAGGAUGCUAGGGGUAUUUUGGGAAUGAAUCUUGGACGUCUUUCCUUCCCUUCUCAAGCUAAAAUAACUAAAUUUUCCUAUUGUGUCCCUACAAAACAAGCCCAAUCCGCGUCUGGUUCGUUUUACCUUGGAAAUAACCCAAGUUCAUCGAGUUUUCGUUAUGUUAACAUGUUGACUCUUAGUCAAAGUCAACGCAAGCCGAAUUUGGAUCCCUUUGCCUACACGCUACCGUUGCAAGGGAUUAGCAUCGGUGGGAAGAAAUUGAACAUUCCACCUACAGUUUUCAAACCGGAUGCUGGUGGGUCGGGUCAAACUUUGAUUGAUUCCGGAUCAGAAUUGACUUACUUCAUAGACGCGGCUUAUAAUGUGAUACAUGAGGAGUUAGUAAAAAAGGUGGGACCCAGGAUUAAGAAGGGCUAUGAAUAUGGUGGUGGAGUGGCUGACAUUUGUUUUGAUGGAGAUGCGAUUGAGAUCGGACGGUUGAUAGGGGACAUGGUGUUUGAAUUUGAGAAUGGUGUGGAGAUAGUGAUUCCAAAAGAGAGGGUUCUUGCUGAGGUGGAAGGUGGGGUCCACUGUUUAGCAAUUGGACGGUCGGAAAGAAUGGGAGGGGGCGGUAACAUUAUUGGAAACUUCCAUCAACAAAAUCUAUGGGUAGAAUUUGAUCUUGCUAAUCAUAGAGUCGGCUUCGGUGAGGUUGCUGAUUGUAGCAAAUCGGCUAAAUAAAGCAUGAGAACGAGGAAAAUGAAUGAUGUAGUUAAGAUACGUUGCAUUCGCACAUUGAUAAUCAUUGAAUUCAAAUCAGACAACUCAUCUAUCAGACAAUCCGAUCUUAAUUCAACGAUUACCAAUGCACUGAUCGUGUGAAUUCAAAUAUCCCCGACUAUGUGAAAUUAAUCUCGAUCCUUGAAGAAUGUGAUUAUGAGUGUGGAUGUAACUAUCAUGAGUAGGCAGAAGUCUUUGUUAACUUUAUAAUUUCCACCCUAUAUUUACUGUAUAGAUGAAAGUGAAGCAUACAAAGUGUGAUGAUGUUUUGUAAUAGGAAAGGUCCACACUCUACACACGAGUGAGAGUGACGAAGAUAAGUAAGAAACAAGUCUUCCGUGUUGAAGGGGUAAACGUCAAUGGUUUUUGGAUUGUAGCAAGAUGUGGGGUGCAAGGACAAUGCGUCAAAAGCCACAAUUAAAUCAUGUAUAUACUAAUCUGAGUGAGACUAAUGUGUAUAUUAUUGUUAUUACAUGAUUUGUCAAUCAAUGAUGUAUAUGUGUUUGUUUGCUAUUAAGUAUUAAAGAUAAGCUUGAAAUGUGAUAUACAAACAAAUUAGUUA